CCUCCCCUGGGCUGGUCGCUACUUUAUGUCUCACUAAUUCUCUUGAAACCCAAUACUCUUUCAGCUGACUUCCUGAGUAGAACCGAGAGAACAGGCAGUAUAGACAAGAAAACAGUGACUUGGACACAGAGAGACUUUUUAAAACAGUUACCUUGUGAGACUGCUUGGGAUUUAAAGUAAGAUCCCGAUUUAUUGGAGAGUGAGGCUCAGGGCAAUACUUUGGCUAAGUUUUACAGUCUGAACUCCAACAUCAUCCCAAACCAGCAGGUGGAUUGGUGUGUGCGUUGCCCUGUGAGAAGGAGGUGGAUUCAUCUGAAAGUGGACUUUUACCCCCACAGUGAUCCAAGAUCAUAACAUCAUAGUAAAUGAGUGAACUGUGGUGUUAAGCAUGAGCCUGAACUAAUCUGAACCUGUUGCAAUAUGGACUUUUUCUAACCAGGGGCUCUUUCUUACUAAAACCAAGGCCAAAUUAAAGUUGCCUUUUUUUUUUUUUUUUUAUGAUCUUAUUUAAAAAUUGCCUGUUUAUGUCCAGGAUGAAUUUGAAGUGGAUUUAGUCCCACUUUGAUCUGAUCCGAAUUCAGCUUGCAAAAUUGCACUAAACUGAAUUAGAACUGAUAUAUUUUUUGAUCACUUGUCUUGGAAUUUACAAGGCAAGUCCAGCUAAGAUCCUACCUGUUUUUUUUAAAUCUUUUGCCAAAUAGAGAUUGGGACCCCCCAGGGGAAUGCCGCGCAAGGCUAGCGUGGCGGCCUGGGGGGCAGCCCUCUUUAUCUCAUGGAAUGCCAUCCUUCUCCUCUACCUCAUGAGCCGCCCACGUGGCCCUGAUCCUUCAGACCUAACUGCACACUUAAUUCGUCUGACUGAAGACGCAGAAACUGAGCUAGAGAAACAGAAAGGGCUACUUCAGCAAAUCCGUCACUACAGUGGCCUCCUAAACAUCCGUCAGCCUCCUCCACAGGUUGUACAUGGCAUCGCUGUGCCCCACAAACUAGCUAAUGUCUCAUUCCCUUCCCCAUCCCCAGUUGGGUCUGAUCCUCUGCCAGUUGUCAUUCCAAUCCUUGUGAUAGCAUGUGAUCGCCCAUCAGUAAGGAGGUGCCUAGACUCCCUCCUAAAAUACCGCCCUUCAGUGGAUAUGUUUCCCAUUAUAGUAAGCCAGGACUGUGGCCACGAAGAGACAGGAAGGGUUAUAGACUCAUAUGGAGAUGCAGUGAAGCACAUAAAACAACCCGACCUCUCCGAGUUGUCUGUGCCAUCAGAACACAGGAAGUUCCAGGGAUAUUAUAAAAUCUCCCGCCAUUACCGUUGGGCCCUUAAUCAGAUCUUCAGGACCAUGGCCUAUAAGGCAGCCAUUGUGGUGGAAGACGAUCUGGAGGUAGCCCCGGACUUUUAUCAAUAUUUUCAGGCUUCCUCUAGCAUUCUCCUCAAGGAUCCCACCCUGUGGUGUGUGUCUGCCUGGAAUGAUAAUGGCAAAGAAGCCCUGGUGGAGGCUGGGAGCAGUGCCAUGCUUCACCGUUCUGACUUUUUUCCAGGUCUCGGCUGGUUGCUACUGCGAGAGUUGUGGGAGGAGCUAGAGCCAAAGUGGCCAGCAGCCUUCUGGGAUGAUUGGGCCAGGCGGCCUGAACAGAGACUAGGUAGGGCUUGUAUAAGGCCAGAGUUGCCCCGUACUAGGACAUUUGGGAGAAAAGGUGUCAGCCAGGGGCAGUUCUUUGACCAGCAUCUGAAGUUUAUCAAGUUGAACCAAGAUCCAGUAGACUUCACAAAAAUGGAUCUCUCAUAUCUUCUGAAAGAGACAUAUGACCAGUUUUUCCUGGGGCAAGUUUAUGGGGCACCAAAAGCUCGAGCAGAGGAGGUGCUACAAGGGAAAUUGUCUGGGGGCAGGACGGUGAGGGUUGAAUACACAAAUAGAGACACUUUCAAGGCCAUGGCCCGGUCAUUCGGUGUUAUGGAUGACCUGAAAUCUGGGGUGGCUCGAGCAGCUUACAUGGGGGUGGUGUCUUUCACUCACAGAGGAAGAAGAGUUUUUCUUGCUCCACCUAAAGACUGGGCGGGAUAUGACCCAUCAUGGACUUAAAGUGAUCUGAAUCUUGUUCAGGAGAAUGGAAGAAGAAUGGUGUAUGAGAAGGGAGAGGAGUAAAAGGUAGAUAAUACAUAUAGGAUAAAGCGCAUCAGAUUUUCGCAUAAACUCUUGAAAAUUGAGUGGAAGGAUUUUGACAUAGGAAAGGAACUCUUGAAUUGUUAAUAAACAAAAAGGAUUGAAAUCUCUUAGUGAGAUGCAAGCAGUGUGGUCCAUAGCUGUGUUGCUCACUCAUGAAGAAGCAAGCUCAGGCAUUUGUGGGAUCUAUAUGCUAUGGGCUUGGUAUCUUAAGAAUCCUCUCCUUUCUAUGAUAUCGCCUCAAUAAAGUGACCUUUAUAGCCACAGUGAUUCAG